CAAGGAGAUAGUUGGUCCUACCUAGAAUUCGUUUGCGCCUGGUCUUCUUCUCUGUCUCUGUAUCUCAGAUCUGCACCCAAGGCUUUACUGAGCUGCUUUGAUUUGCAAGAAAAUAUUCUCUUGUUCACUUUCAAAUUUUGAACUUGAGAAACCAGCCUUCUCAAAAUGGCCCCCAGCAGAGCUUCUGAUGACGUAUACCCUCCGACUUUGUCGACACUAGAUGCAGAACAUUUACUUUGUACAAUCAAGGACUGGUCUGUGGCUCAUGGACUGACUGUUCGACCACCACUGUCUGUCGUUGCGGCCGAGGCAGAUCCUCAUGGAAUUUUAGCUACUACGGCACCCGUCACAUUAUUUCCAAGCCCAUUUCCCAAAGCUUGCUUUCAGCAAGCCAAGUCUAUUCAAAAAGCCUACAAUAGUUUAUAUGCUGCAAUUGCACAAGAUGAGAUCUUCUUGAGAGACAUCGUACAAGAAAUUAUAGAAGUUGACGACUUUAUUGCAGAGCUAUGGCAGGUACAUCUCAAGGUCAAAGAAGAAGGGUAUAGCCAGAAUCUUUCCUUGGGCUUGUUCCGUUCUGAUUACAUGGUUCAUGAGGCGACUUCCGAUUCUGCGCCGACCAUUAAACAAGUAGAAUUUAAUACGAUUGCUUCGUCAUUUGGAGGCCUGUCUGCGCAGACCUCAAAAUUGCAUCAUUUUCUUGCCAAGAACAAUUAUCCACUGCUUGACAAACCUCUUCCGACCGGUGAUUUAGAACUCCCAGAAAACAGUAGCGCAAAAGGCCUCGCAACAGGAAUUCUAGUUGCGUUCGAAGCAUACAAAAAUCUCAUCGAACCUCUCCAUGACUCCUGUGUAGUCUUCCUCGUGCAGGAUCCAGAGCGCAAUAUCUUUGACCAGAGACACCUCGAAUAUGAGAUACAAGAACAAAAGCCAGGAGUGCCUGUUUUCCGACUCCCGUUCGCCGAGAUUCUCUCAAGAACCUCGAUAGCAGAGACACCAAAACGUCAAUUACUUUAUCAAUUGCCCAGCAAUCCCAAGAAAGUCUUCGAAGUUGCCGUCGUUUAUUUUCGAGCAGGAUAUGGACCAGGAGACUACCCCGAUGCAGAUGCGUGGAAAGCACGUUUGCAGAUUGAGCGUUCACAUGCCAUCAAAUGCCCAACGAUCCUCACACAGCUUGCCGGCGCCAAGAAAGUACAGCAAGUUCUCGCUACUCCUACCUCUGAUUCGACACCUUCCAUCUUGAAUCGUUUUGUGAAGGACGCACCCAAAGAUAUCGAAGAGCUCGAAAAGACUUUUACCAACAUCUUUCCUCUGGACGACUCACCUUCUGGUCUCGAAGCACGGAAAAUGGCUGUUGACCCCGAAGCUUGCAAGGGCUAUGUGCUGAAGCCGCAGCGAGAAGGAGGAGGUAACAAUACCUACAGAUCUGCGAUCCCACCCUUUUUGAAGUCGCUGCCGGAAACACAUUGGAAGUCUUACAUCCUCAUGGAGAUUAUUACACCGCCACCUGUUCACAACAUCAUCCUUCGCAAUGGUGCUUUAGAGCAAGGAGGUGUAAUUUGCGAGCUUGGAGUCUAUGGUACAUGUGUGUGGAACCAAGAAACGAAAGAGGUGCUGCAUAACGAGGAAGCUGGGUACUUGCUGAGAACGAAAGGCGAUAAAAGCGAGGAAGGUGGAGUUGCUGCUGGUUUUGGUAGCAUGGAUAGUGUCAGGCUGGUUUAGAGAUGAUUUCCUGGCGGAGGUAUUGCUUUGCGGUUCUGCUACCCGCUAGGUUGGAAGUGAAGUCGUCAUGGUACGGUCGAAAUGGCAAUUGGACUUCCAUAUUUGACUAGAAACAGCACAAAAAAAAAUUCCAUUGGCCAAUGAGAUCAGCGAUUUACGAUCGCUUACGACUAGUCUAUCAUUCAACGGAUUUAUGUCGAGGCUAUACGGCUCCCAAGCAGCCUUAUUCCUCUUGUUGACGAUAGUCCGAUUUGGGCUAGCUCGCACUCCCGAAGCUUGGCUUAUAGAAACAAAUAAGCAUUCCCUUG